ACGCAAAGCCGGAAGUGAGGAGCAUGAGGUCCUAGGGCACGAGGGAAAAGGCUGGUGGGGGGCUAGGGGGCGUGCACGUGAAUAGGCUGGCCGGAUCUCUGGCAUGGCCGAGGCCAGGAAGCGACGGGAGCUGCUUCCCCUCAUCUACCAUCAUCUGCUGCAGGCUGGCUACGUCCGCGCGGCGCGGGAAGUGAAGGAACAGAGCGGCCAGAAGAGUUUCCUGACUCAGCCCACAACCCUUCUGGACAUCUAUACACACUGGCAACAGACCUCAGAGCUCGGCCAGAAACAGAAGGCACAGGAUGAUGCAUCACUGCAAGCCAAGCAGUCCCGGGUGUCAGACCCCAUUAGCAGCUCAGAGAGCUCGGAGGAGGAGGAAGAGGAGGCAGAAACAAAAACUGCCAAAGCCAUCCCAAGACCGACAUCUGUCAAUUCCACAGCCCCUGCUGCAGAUUUGCCAUCAAACAAGAAGGAAAAGGCCCAGGCAAAGACUAAGGCAGCAAACAAGAUGGUGAACUCUGUGCAGCACCCUGCACCAGGAAAGGCAAUGGUCCACCUGCUCUCCGGGAAGUCUCCCAAGAAGUCAGCAGAGCCCUUGGCAAACACUGUCUUGGCCUCCGAAACUGAGGAGGAGGGCAGUGUCCCAGCCCUGGGAGCCACUGCCAAGCCUGGAGUGUUGUCAACGGGCCAAGCCAGCAGUUCCAGUGAAGACACCUCCAGCUCGAGUGAUGAGACAGAUGUAGAGGUGAAACUUUCAGUAAAACCAGCCCAGGCUAAACCUUCUGUAGCCCCUGCCAAGGAGCCUCCAGCAAGGACGGCCCCAGUCCCUACCAAGUCUGGGAGUGUGACGUCCCGGCUCCAAGAAGGUACACCGGCCGCACCAGGGAGGACUGCACAUGCAGAAGAGUCUGAGAGCAGUGAGGAGGACUCUGAGAGUGAGGACGAGCCUCCUGCUGGGAUGCCUAGCCAGGUAAAGGCCCCUGGAAAAGUUCAUGCCAAAGCUGCCUCGGUUUCUGCCAAGGAGGUCUCUGGAAAAGGGCCCACCUCAGCACCACCAGAGAAGACUAGGCCCACAGUCACCCAAGUCAAGGCAGGAAGACCAGAGGAGACAGAGAGCAGCAGCGAGGACAGUUCCGACAGUGAGGAUGAAGAGCCAGUUGCUGUGACCGCUCCUCAGGUGAAGCCUUCUGGGAAGAAGCCUCAGGUCAAGAGUACCUCAAGCCCUGCCAAGGGGUCCUCCCAGAAAAGGGCUCCUCUAGUCACCCCUGGGAAGGCAGGGCCUGCAGCAGCCCAGGCCCGGGCAGGGCAGCCGGAGGACUCGGACAGCAGCAGUGAGGAGUCAGAGAGUGACAGUGAGAAGACACCAGCAGCUGUGACCCUAAGCACAAGUCCUGCCCAGGUGAAACCUUUGGGGAAAAGCCAGCAGGUCAGACCUGCUUCCACUGGAAAAGGCGCCCACCCGCCCUGCCCUGGGAAGGCAGGGUCAGCAGCUCUUGGGGUCCAAAUGGGAAAGGUAGAAGAGGACUCAGAGAGCAGCAGUGAGGACUCUGACGACGGGGCUGUGACCCCAGCCAAGGCAAAGGCCUUGGGGAAAAGGGCUACCCCAGCACUCCUUCAGAAGGCAGAGCCUGUGGCUGCCCAGGUCAAGAUCAAAAGGCGCAAAGAAGACUCAGAGAGUAGUGAGGAAUCGACUGACAGCGAGGAGGAGGCAGCCCCAGCAGCUCCUGCUGCAGCUCAGGCCAAACCAGCUCUGGGAAAGCAGACAACAGCUUCCCCUAGGAAAGGCACCCCGGCCACCCCUGCAUCUGCCAUGGUCACCUCUGUGGGAGUGAGCACCUCACCCUCUAGUAAGGAGGGGUCAGGAGCUGCUCCUGGCAUCACGAAGGUGCAGGGGAAGUCUGUGGGGAAGGGCCUCCAAGGGAGAGAUGCCUUGGGACAAGGGAGGCCAGGGCCUACAGUUGCCCAUGUCAGGAUUACAACUCAGGAAGACUCAGAGGACAGCGAGGAGGAAGCCAGCAGUGAGGAAGAUGAGACCUCAGCACAGACUACACCCUCGGGGAAACCUCUUCAGGCCAAAGCCAACCCCCCUCCCACUAAGGCGUCUCCAGCCAAACGGCCAGUAUCUGCAUCUGGAAAAGUGAACACUGUAGUUGCUCCAGCAAAGCAGGAGAGCUCAUCCAAGGGAAAGCCACCCGUGAGUACUGUCCAGAACAGUGCUGUCUCUGCAAGGGUUCCAGCCACAGGGAAAGCAGGGCCCCCAGCAGUGCAGGCACAGAAGGGGCCAGUGGCUGGAGUGGGGCAGGACUCGGAGAGCAGCAGUGAAGAGGAAUCCGAAAGUGAAGAAGAGGCAGCAGCCCAGACAAAACCUGUGGGGAAGACCUCUCAGGUUAGAGCUGCCUCAGCCCCUGCUAAGGAGUCCCCUGGAAAAGGAGCCCAUCCAGGAGCCGCCAAGAAGACAGGACCUACAGCUACCCAGGCCCAGACAGGGAAGACGGAAGACUCAGAGAGCAGUAGUGAGGAAUCGGACAGUGAUGAGGAGAUGCCAUCAGCGAUCAUCCCAGCCCAGGGUGCUACCUCCCAGCCUGCCAGGAGCAGAGCCUCAGCACCUGCAGCCCCAGAAAAGAACAUAGAGGAGUCCUCAGAGAGCAGUAGUGAGGAGCUGCCAUCCGCCCAGGUGAUUAAAUCCCCUCUGAUUUCUGCCAACCCUAAUCGUAGUCCAGCUGGGCCAGCUGCUACCCUUUCACAAGUCCAGGCUGUGAACAUCCCGAGGAAGGCCCAGGCCUCAGGCACUGUGGCCCAGAGCUCCUCCUCUGAGAGUGAGGACGAAGACAUGAUUCCUGCUACACAGCCCUCCACUCAAGCCACUAAAACCAAUGUGGCAACUGUGCCCACAUCCCUCCCACGGAUGGCCUCCCAGCCCGGCAAGAGUGAGCCAUCUAGUCAGAUGCCAAAAGGCAAGAAACCAAAGGCAGCAUCCACUCAGAUCAGCGGUGCCGUGCAGACACUCCCUGUGACACCUCCCCAGAGCACACCUGUCCAGUCCAAAACAACCAACAAGCCCAGAAAACCCAAACUUCCUGCAAAACAGCAGCCUCCCUCAAGCUACCCCAGCAGCUCAAGUGAUAGCAGUGACAGCUCUUCAGGGAGCGAGGAGGAUGCCAAGAGACCCCAGAUGGCCAAGUCAGCCCCCAGACUGGAUCCAGACCUUUCCCAGAAGGAGACUGUGGUGGAGGAGACCCCUGCUGAAUCCAGUGAAGAUGAGUUGGUGGCGCCCUCACAGUCUCUUCUCUCAGGUUAUGUGACUCCUGAGGUGACUGUGGCCCAGGCUUCAAAAGCCACUCCUAGGCCAGACUCCAACCCCUUGGUUUCCUCUGCUCCGGCUACCAAAGAUAACCCAGAUGGCAAGCAGAGAUCAAAGUCCCAGGAUGCAACAGACACCAUGUUCCCUAAAACCGGUAGGAAAGAGACCUCCUCAGAAACCACACCUCCGAAGGCCAAGAAGGCCAAGAAGAGCACGUGGACCUCAGCAACACCCACACAGGCUCUGCAGAACAGCAUCAGCCAGUGCCUCCGGGAGCAGGCCUGGCCCCUGAGCGAGGCGCAGGUGCAGGCCUCUGUGGUGAAGGCUCUGACAGAACUGCUGGAGCAGGAAAGGCAGAAGGCCACAGCGGCCAUCAAGGAGAGUGGAAAAAAGGGCCAUAAGCGGAAGCUUUCGGGGGACCAGCUAGCAGCCGGGGCCCCAGAGAGGAAAAGGAAGGCUUCCGGGACUUCCAAGACGAAAUCCAAGCUGGCCGAAGUGAAUGCUGAUGGCAAGGAGAAGGGGUCACCUGGCUCCCAAGGGGCCAAGGAGAAGUCCAAAAGUGAGCCGGGGUCACAGGUUGAGAGUGGAGAGCAGAAUGACGCAAAGAACAAGAAGGAAAAGAAGAAAUCCAGUAAAAAAAAAAAAGGCAAGGACAAAAAGGGAAAGAAGAAAGGAAAGAAGACCUCAGCCAAAGACCCUGACUCACAGAUCAAGAAGAAGAAGAAAAAGAAGAAGACGGCAGAGCCUGCCGUGUGAGGACCAGCACAUAAAGCAGAGUCCUGUCAGAGUGCGACUGUCCCCAGACCCCUGACCUCUGGCCAGUGUGAGUUGGGACUGGACUUUUUAACUUUCCCUCCCUCGACAGAAGACGAUGGCCAACUCCAGUGUGUGCUGCUGACCUAGCCAGUGAGCCUGCUAGGAGGCGGCAGUCCCAGAAGGCAGUGGGGAGAAGCACACCCACCCCCUCUGAGUGCUGCAUAAGAUGUGUACAGUAUAUAUAUUUUUGUAAGUGACCUGCCUCCCCCUGCAAAUCCGCCGUGCGCGAAGGCCUCAGGACCUCCCUCCCUCUGCUCUGCAGACCCAGCCAGGUCCCACUUGCAGUUAGUCCACCCCACUCCCUGGAUCCCUGGCUUAUCCCAAGGCCUUGUCCUAUCAGCUUUCCAGCUGUUGGGGGUUUUUUGGUUUUUUUAAGAACUUAAAAUAAAAAACUUUAAAUGUAAA